AUGGCGCUGUUCCACGUGUCGUCGGGAGCAGACACAAAGGAGCACACCUUGACCAUCCCGUUGUUGUCUUCCGACGGAAACGGCAAGGUGCCCGGGGGCGUCGAGGCGCUCAUGAAGAAGGGGAGAGACCGGGUAGGCGAGUUCCAGGAGCUGCGUGUGCUCAGCGGAAGGGGGAGAGACUCCCCCCCGACGACCUCUGGGGUGUCGCAGGUCACUUUCCCGAGGGCGAGGUGUUGCGCGGUGGACUCCUGUAGACGCUUCAGCUCCACUUUUCCCUACCGAUACGCCCCUGCACUCAAGGUGCGAGCCCACAAGGGGGAGUGGUUGGAGAUGCUGCGGCAUCAGAUUGGAGGCACCACGACGGUAUCAGAGUGGGUCGAGGUACCGCAGACGGCGGAGCACGCCUGCUUGUACGACAUCGUCGAACUUCUCCUUGACCAGGCUCGAAGGAGAGUCGAGCACAAGGAGACAAACGAUGGAAUCAGCGGCAUCUCGGCUGCGGGAGGGGCGGAGGACGCGAUCGAGACGACUCUGGCGGGUGGUGUGGUGGAUGACGCGAUGAUCCUAUUGCUGGAGGGGAUCACGCUUCUCGCCGAGACGACUCGGGAGGAGCCGCCCGACCAGAGAGCCGCUAAAUACGUGCGGCGGAUAUCGGAGUCCCUGAAGGGAAAGGCGCAGCACGACAACGACGUGGGGCUAAGCUCGCGGGAAGAGCAGUCCUGGCUGAAAAAAUGCCCGCGGACAGUACUGCUAUAUUUGAUGCGCUUCGCCUACACGACGCGCGGCGAGAAACUGACCCACGAUGUCCACAUCCCCAAGGAGAUGGAUAUGGCGCCGUACAUCGGCCCACCUACCAGCAGAGCCGGAGCCCGGCAGCCGGACAUGUACGACCUCACCGGAGUCGUGCACCACAUCGGCCAAACGACCAACAAGGGGCACUACGUUGCUUUCGUCCGCCUGCCGGGACAGUGGUGGCGUCGGUACGACGACGCGAAAGUCACCGAAGUCGUCGCGAGUCAAGCAUUGACCAAGAACGCGCUCAUUCUGUCGUACACUCGCCGAUCAGGCUAG